AUGAAGGGGCUGGAUCAGUGCUUAGAACAUAAACGCGUGUUCAUGUUUCACUGUGAAGACCACGAAGAUUUGUGUUGUGAAAUAUGUGCCUUCUCUUUUCAUCGUAAAUGCGAAAAUAUCCACGAAAUAGCAAAGGUCGCUAAGAAUGUGAAAGAUACUGAAAGGAAAACGAUACGCGCAUCUAUUAUUACUGCCUCUGAAGUUAUAAUGAAAUGCAAGGAAAAUCAAUUGAACAACGUUUCGCGAGUUGAAGAAAUCGAAUGGAACGGAACCGGAAAUAUUCAUUCUAAACCACAUUCACAAAAGGACGCAAGACAAGGUAGCACACAAACUGACACUUUGUUGAAGAAUGAUUUUACCGUUAAAGUUGAGCUAAAAAUCAACGGAAGCUUUUUUAAAACAAAAAAUACUAAUGUCUCAUUAUUCUCAUUAAAUAAAACACAAGUGCCAAAGACAACAUCAGCCGUGCGUCUGGAGCUGUUGAAGACCAUGGAUCUCGUGAAUACAGGAGACGACAAGAGAGAGCCGUUUGUUACUGGGCUGGACUUCCUGCCGGACGGGAGAAUCGUCGCCGUGGAUAGCUCUAACUGUAAAUGUUUUAUCUUGAAUGACACAUUGAAGAGGCUCGACACAUUUUAUAAAUUUAAGACAUAUCCUAGGGACGUAACUUCUUACUCUGAUAACAAUAUUGCAAUAACCGUCAGUGCCGGAGAUAUCCGAACAGUCUGCCUGCUAACAGUGGGCAGUGACAACACGAUCACGCUGAUGAAGACACUUACCACGUCCACCUACUGCUACUCCAUCUGUCCCCUGAAUGACCGCACGUUCGUAGUGAGCACGAUGGACGGCCCCCGGCCUGUCCGAUUCAUCGACGUGGACGGCAAGGAGAGCGACGUUGAUAACGUGAAGUUUCCUGGAAAGACGUAUACGCUUGAUGAAAGUAGAUGCACCAACCUACCAUUCCGGAAUAGUCUUGUCCUUACGGAUAGGUUUGCUCACACAGUUUACAUGUAUAACACCGUAUCCGGCAAGAUCACCGAGGUGAAGGAUGACCGGAUACGGGAACCGACAGGCGCCUGUGUGGGCCCCGAUGAUUCCGUAUUUGUCUGCAGUGAGAAUACAAAUUCCGUCAUUCCGAUAUCGCCCGACGGGUACAUACUGACGUCAUGUGACGUCGACAUGAAGUUUUUGUGCGCCGUUGCCGUCUCCAGGGAUGGCUCGAGAAUGGCCGUGACCAACAGUGCGAAAGGCUUUAAAAAGCUGAAACUGUUUAAAAUGAUUCAAUGA